GCGGCGGCGGCGGCAGCUAUGGCCACGAGCUCCCACUGUGCACUCGCAGCUGCCCUGCUGGUGGCGAUGGCGGCGACGAGCACACAGUCGCCGCACGGACAGGGGAGUGAGCGCAUCACCGACGGCAAACCCGCUAGGCUCGGCCAGUUCCCCCACCAGGCCCUCGUCCUCGGCGACGGGACUCACAUAUGCGGCGGGUCGCUUAUUAGCAGAACUGCAGUCCUCACCGCUGCCAUCUGCACCGUCAAAUUUGAGAAGUUCAUCAUUCGCCUGGGAACCGUUCAUCGGACUAAGAACGAGACCACAGCCUGGGUCAUUACCGCCCACUGGGCCGUGGCCCACGCGGACUACACAACGGAGGCCUAUUUGAGUCACAAUGUGGCUGUGGUUUUCCUGCCCAAGAAAGCUCCUCUCAGUAGUUUCAUUGAGGUGAUGAUGUUAACUUCCUUCAGCGAGGUCAAUGAAACCUUUGUAGGAAGAACUGCCUUGCUCAGCGGCUGGGGACAAACAGGUGAUGGCAAAAAUGUUUCUGACACUCUUCAGUAUGCCGAGUUGACGGUUGUUCCCAAUUCAAUAUGCGAGGAGGGCUACGGACCAGGUUUCGUUCUUGAAAGUACGCUCUGUGCCGGAAGCAAGUUCAAAGGCAUGUGCUUCAAUGACCAUGGCGGAGCCCUUGUUCUCAAGACCAAAGAAGGCUACAAGCAGAUCGGCAUUGCCAGCUUUAUGUAUGAUAAGUGCGACGUACCUAUACCUGGUGGCUUCUCCAGGGUAACCUACUUCCUCGACUGGAUCACGAAAACUGCUGAAAUUACUGUUGACUGAGAAGUUGGCAUUGAUAGUUAUACUGUUCCAUUACUAGAUCACAUUCAAUAUGUAUUUUAGUGAAACUGAAAAAAAUCAGCACAUGACACUUAAUAAUGGGCCAGAAAAUAUGUUCUCAGAUCACAACUGAGUCAGUGAGUAGAUUAAACUGCGCUUGAUUGCAGCAUACACCAUGUACUUUCUGUGGAUCAGCUGUUUUCCUCUCUGGAUGUUCCCAGCAAGGGACAAUAUGUGACUGAAGAAAACUAUUUAUCUCUGUGUCAACGUGGAUUCAAGGAAUAAAAUUAAUAUGUAACUAUGUUGCUUUUUAGUAAUUUAUGGGUAGAAUGAAUUUAGAGAGUGUUUUAAUAUUUUAAUGUACUCAAACCUAUCUAAUAAUUGUCAUUUGUUUCAUAACAGCAAAGUAAUGGUAUAUUUUUUCCAUGUACCACUGGGUCUACAUUCGG